AUGGAAGAAUUCUACUGGAAGAUUGUGAUUGUUCCGAAGCUACUUCAGAUGUUUGGAAUUGUGCUGGCUAUUCUGGCAGUCACAUUAGUGUGGAGCGAGGUCACCUUCUUCAGAAAAGAUCCAGUGCUUUCAAUUUAUGCACUUUUCAUUGCAGACUGGUUCGCGCAGGCACAUCAGUACUUUCUCAUCCAGCUGACGUGUGUGCUGUUGUUGGUGUUCAUGUGUGUGACCGUGUACUGGACUGUGUUUCGAGUGAGGUUCUUCAACUACUAUUACCUCUCCCCUCACCACCACACGGACGAAUACACUCUACUCUUCAGUGGAAUGCUUCUGUGUCGUCUGACACCCUCGAUCUGUCUGAACUUCCUGGGGGUGACUCACAUGGACAACUCGAUCAGUAACGACGCUACUCAGCAGCCAUGUUCCUUCACAGAGGUGAUGGGCCAUUUGAGCAUAGUGUACUUCAUCUCAGAUGGGUUCAACAUCUACUUCCCCCUGGUGUUGAUAGUGCUCUGUCUGGCCACUCUGUUCAAUCUUGGAUCCCACGUGCUCUCCUUUAUCGGGUUCCAGCAGUUCAUGGGCGAUGGGGAGCUGACUAGUGAACUCAUAGACGAGGGACAGCAACUCAUCAAGAGAGAACACAGAAGAAUAGAGCGUGAAAACAGAGGCGAACAGCGGCGUAAAGAAUGGGACGAAAGACUAAAUAGAGCGGGACGAGACGCCGAGAAAUACGCAAGCGGAGCAGGAGGAGCGGGAGGUGACAACGACGACAUCGAAGCCAACUUCAAUGCUGGCAAACAGCAGUCCUACGCAGGCAGAAGAGGCGGAGGGAGAAAUAUGCACGCAGAAGCUAUGAGAGCCAAAUAUUCUCGCAACGGACCAUCCGGUGCUCCUUCAUUCAUUAUGAGCAAAACUAAUCAGAGCAAUGGAAACUCGAACGGAACCGCUAACAAACUCGAUUCGGCAAGUGACAACUCGGCUACAGAUCUGCUAGACGAAGCUUAA